AUGUCUCUCCACUCAUAUAUUAAUAAAAAAGUCCUGGUUCUGACUGUUGACGGGCGGACUCUUCUGGGAACGCUACUUUCCACGGAUCAGUUGACUAACCUGGUUCUCCUGGAUACCAUCGAACGAAUCAUUCGCACCCCUGAUGACCCCGAGCCAAGCUCUCAGAUCGAGCACGGUCUGUACCUGAUCCGAGGCGAUAACGUGGUAGUAUGCGGCGAAGUGGACGAGAAGAUCGAUGGCGAGAUUGACUGGGCCAAGGUUAAAGGCGAGGUGGUCAAGGGUACCAAGAACGCAUGA